GCCGCGCCCGCGGAGGCCUGCGGCCCGGCGUACCGGGUGCGCGCCCCCCGCGCCGAGGCCCCGCCGUGCGCGGAGGCGGCGGCCGGCGCGGCGGCCGCAGAGCCGGAGGCGCACCCCCCGGUGGCCGAGGAGGUGCUGCUGAGGCUUGCCCUGCGCCUGUCGGCUGCCAGGAGGGCAGCAGCAGGCGGCCUCCAGCCAGCAGGCCGAGCCCGAGGCAGAGCCGUGCGGCCUCUGCCUGGAGCCGCUCUCGCGCCCCGCGGGCACCGUCACCGCUCUGCCGAGCUGUGGGCACUCCUUCCACCUCCAGUGCCUCCUGGCCACGCACGCGCAGGCGUGCGACGAGGUACUGGCGUGCCCCCUCUGCAGGGCGCCCAGCGCCUGGGGAGACCUGCGGCUGGAGGAGAGCCCGCCGCGGAUGCCGCCGCGCCCACCCCCAGCUGCUGGGAGGAGCUCUCGCCGCCGAGCGCCGCAGCCGGAGCCGCCCCCAGGCCUGGCCGGCCUGCCCGUGCAGUGGCAGUAGCCCGCCGCCGCUGGCGCGCCCUUGACCCCCUUGUGGGUCACCCAAAAUACCCGGGCAUUCUUGCUCUGGGAAGCUUGGAGGUCUCUUGGUCAAGACUCACCCUGGUUCCCCCCUGCCGUUGCCCCUCCGCAUUGCCCCCCUCUCCCGUGUACAGCCUGCCACUUUUCGUGCGCGCGCGGGCCCCGCGGACUGCGGCGGCCGGCAGCCAGUCUCCAGAGGUGCCCCGGUACAGGGCGCAGCGCGCAGCUCCCCGGAGACAGGGCGUGGUCGCGCGCGCGCGCUCGCACAUCGGGCCCAGGGACAAAGUUCAGGGGUCACAGGACGCACGUUUUGCAAUCAUCGGUAAGGAUGACCAGGCCACUCAAGAAGAAGUGGACGCCAAACCGCUCUGCACGAGGAAGAUGAGAGCCCCGCGCGUCGUAGUUGCAGACUCGGACGACCACGAGCUAGUGACCACGGAUCGGGUUGGUGAUAUUCCGCGUCAUGACGCGGCCCUGGACGAGCCCGUCGAGCUGCAGCUGCGGAAUACGUUCGGCUGUUUACUGGGCAAGCUUCAGGGGGUUCGCGUCGUGUCGACCGGCGGCGACCCGGCCGCCGGGGCCGCCUGCCAGCACCGCGCCUCGACGGUGAGCCCGGGGCGCCGUGGGCGCCGCGGAGCUGCCACGGCCGCGAGCACGAAUGGAGCACAGAGCAGCGCUGUGGGUCCCGCCGGAGGGGCUGCCGCACGUGUCGGGGGCGCUCUGCGCGUGCGUCGCGUGGACACCCGGCGCAUGCGCCCUCUUCCUGCCCACGGCGCGGGGCGGCUUCCUGCUCUCGGGGCUGCGGCGAGGCACCCUGGCGUGCGAGCUGCUCGCUGUGGCCAGCGGCUUCACCGCCCAGUGGACGGCCGCCUGGCGCGGCCCGGGCUGCGCGGCCGGCUGGCGGGACUACUGCUCGCUCGUCGGCAGCGUCUUGCUGCUGACCUGGGGCGGCAUGCUGCUGGGGCUCCGCGAGGCGACGGCGGGAGGCCAGGGGGCUGCCCACAUCGCCCGCUGCUUCCUCUUCCUGGAGGGGCGCGGCGCGUGGCAGCCCGAGGGGUGCCCGAACCGGCCCUGCGGGGUCGUGGCGCUGCUGCUGCCGUGCUGGCUGCUCCACCCGCUGGUGCACGCGGCCCUCUUGGCCGCCGGGCGGGCCGCCGGCCUGUGGGGCCCGGCGUCGCUCGCGGGGCUGCUCUGGGCCGCGGGGGCAGCCCCUCUCGCGGCCCACGCCUGGCAGCUGUGGCCCGGCGCCUCGCGGGGCCUCCGCGCACUCGCGCGCCUCCGGGCGGCCCCGAGCCCAGGAGCAGAGCCGGCGAAGGCUGCCGAGCAGCUGGACGGGCGCGCACGGCGCCCUGGAAG